AUGUGCAACCUAAAGCUGUCGGUUUUCUUCAUUGUACUUUCUGUCACACUGAGCUGUUUGGAAGCUACACCUAUUGAGAAAUUAUUAUCUGUGGCUGAUGAUCUAUCUGAUGGGACUUCCAAGAGGCAAGGAUGGAUAUUGCCCAUAAUGUCACAGAAUACACUCUCAGGACUUAGUGAGGAAAUGCCAGAACAACCAGCAGCAAAGACAAAAAGUAGUCACCAUCUGGAGAAACGGAAAUGCAACACUGCUACAUGUGUGACACAACGCUUGGCUGACUUUUUAGUUCGUUCCAGCAGCAACAUCGGAGCAAUUUAUUCACCUACGAAUGUGGGGUCCAAUACAUAUGGAAAGAGGGACACAGACGGGCUUUUAAGCAAAGAACCCCAAAACAAUGCACAGCUUUAG